AUGGACGGGAACAGAACUAACCAUGAACGGUCAAACUGUCUUUAUGGACGGGAACAGAACUGUCGGACUGUCUUUAUGGACGGUAACAGAACUGUCGGACUGUGUUUAUGGACGGGAACCGAACUAACCAUGAACGGUCAAACUGUCUUUAUGGACGGGAACAGAACUGUCGGACUGUCUUUAUGGAAAGGUACAGAACUAACCAUGAACUGUCGUACUGUCUUUAUGGACGGGAACAGAACUAACCAUGAACUGUCGGACUGUCUUUAUGGACGGGAACAGAACUGUCGGACUGUCUUUAUGGACGGUAACAGAACUAACCAUGAACUGUCGGACUGUCUUUAUGGACGGGAACAGAACUGUCGGACUGUCUUUAUGGACAGUAACAGAACUAACCAUGAACUGUCGGACUGUCUUCAUGGACGGGAACAGAACUGUCGGACUGUCUUCAUGGACGGGAACAGAACUGUCGGACUGUCUUUAUGGACAGAUACAGAACUAACCAUAAACUGUCGGACUGUCUUUAUGGACAGUAACAGAACUAACCAUGAACUGUCGGACUGUCUUCAUGGACGGGAACAGAACUGUCGGACUGUCUUCAUGGACAAGAAGGACCGGACCGCAAGACGAGGACAGCACACCUCGAAUCAGGUCCUGGCUCACCACGAACGUAGAUGGUGGAGCAGUUGGACGAGGUAGAGGAGAGACAGAUAAGAGGAAAUAGUUUUAAACAAAGCUAAUAUUUGAAAAAAAGAAUAAUGCCAAAAAAUACUAGAGCCUUUUUCUGCUUCUAACUCACAGCAAACUGUAAUCAAUAAAACAAAUCCAAACAUUUCA